GGGCCCCAGCACUGCGCGGGUGACAUUCCUGCAGGGCGCAGGCUCCGCGCCCGCCGCUCCGCAAACUUUCCCCACAAGCUCCGCAGGGGACAGGGGCUGCGGAGGGGGGGGGCGGGGAUGUCUCUUAUUCCUCUCUCCUUUGGAGCAAAAGAUUUCUGCAGCCACAGCCCCCCCUCCCCGCGCGCCUCGCGGGACUGAGCCACAGACGUCCCUGCAGCUCGUUUGGACUUUUUUUGUGUUGCCGUUUGCCUGCUUUUUUGGGGAGGGGGGGGAGGGGGGGUUGCUUCAAGACAAGAGGAGCCUCUUCUUCUUUUUUUUUCUUUUUUUUUUUUUUAAUACUUUUUUGGGUGCCUGCUUGCAUCUCUCGCCGGUCCCAGCCUGAGUCGAGCAUGGCAGCGUUGCCAGGGACGGUGCCCCGAAUGAUGCGCCCUGCGCCGGGGCAAAAUUACCCCCGCACCGGGUUCCCUCUGGAAGUGUCCACCCCUCUGGGCCAGGGCCGGGUGAACCAGCUCGGCGGGGUGUUCAUCAAUGGCCGGCCCCUGCCCAACCACAUCCGGCACAAGAUAGUGGAGAUGGCCCACCACGGCAUCAGGCCCUGCGUGAUCUCCAGGCAGCUGCGGGUCUCCCACGGCUGCGUCUCCAAGAUCCUCUGCAGGUAUCAGGAGACGGGCUCCAUCCGUCCCGGAGCCAUCGGAGGGAGCAAGCCCAGGCAGGUCGCCACUCCCGACGUGGAGAAGAAAAUCGAGGAAUACAAGCGGGAGAACCCGGGCAUGUUCAGCUGGGAGAUCCGAGACCGGCUCCUGAAGGACGGGCACUGCGACAGGAGCACGGUCCCCUCAGGUUUAGUGAGUUCGAUUAGCCGGGUGCUACGAAUCAAAUUCGGGAAGAAAGAGGAAGAGGAGGAUUGCGACAAGAAGGAGGAAGACGGCGAGAAGAAGGCGAAGCACAGCAUCGACGGCAUCCUGGGAGACAAAGGUAACAGGCUGGAUGAAGGCUCGGACGUGGAGUCCGAACCGGACCUGCCCUUGAAGCGCAAGCAGCGCCGGAGCCGGACCACCUUCACUGCUGAACAGCUGGAGGAGCUGGAGAAGGCCUUCGAGAGAACCCAUUACCCAGAUAUCUACACACGAGAGGAGCUAGCCCAGAGGACCAAGCUCACCGAGGCGCGGGUGCAGGUGUGGUUCAGUAACCGAAGAGCCAGGUGGCGCAAGCAGGCAGGAGCCAAUCAGCUGGCAGCUUUUAAUCACCUGUUGCCCGGGGGCUUUCCGCCAACUGGGAUGCCGACUCUACCACCCUACCAGCUGCCGGACUCCACCUACCCGACCACCACCAUUUCCCAAGAUGGGGGCAGCACCGUGCACAGACCCCAGCCCCUGCCACCGUCCACCAUGCACCAGGGAGGACUUGCAGCUGCUGCUGCGGCUGACACCAGUUCUGCCUACGGGGCUCGACACAGCUUCUCCAGCUACUCGGACAGCUUCAUGAAUGCUGCGGCUCCUGCCAACCACAUGAACCCUGUCAGCAACGGCCUCUCUCCACAGGUGAUGAGUAUCCUGAGCAACCCCAGUGGGGUCCCUCCACAGCCCCAAGCUGACUUCUCCAUCUCCCCCCUCCACGGUGGCUUAGACAGCACCAACUCUAUCUCCGCCAGCUGCAGCCAGCGGAGUGACUCCAUCAAGUCUGUGGACAGCCUCCCCACCUCGCAGUCCUACUGCCCUCCCACCUACAGCACCACCAGUUACAGCGUGGACCCAGUAGCUGGCUACCAGUACGGCCAGUACGGACAAACUGCCGUCGACUAUUUGGCCAAGAACGUGAGCCUGUCUACACAGCGUAGGAUGAAGCUGGGAGAACAUUCAGCUGUGCUGGGCCUCCUACCGGUAGAGACAGGCCAGGCUUACUGAAGAGUCCACCUGUGCCAACAAACCACUCCAGCAACCUGGUACCACCGGAGAAAACACCACCACCAGCCUUCCAGGGAUCCACAUGUACCCGGACCCCUCUCCUUCCCAGUCCCCCCUACCAACUCAAGCUGCAAAGGAGACGGGAAAGAGGGGGAUGGCUCUCCACAUAUCCAACGCUUUACUGAGUACUCUUCGAAGAGGCCAAUCCAGCCUCUUCAACCAUGCCUCCUUCUGUGGCCAGAGACAACGGGUUGGGUGCAUUUAUGAAUCCUGAUGUUCAUGCCCUCCCUCCAACCCCCUUGGCCAGCUUGGCAUACUGCCCAUGCUUAAGGACUUUCCAUUGAUCUAGGUAGUUGGCAUAGUCAACACUGAUUUUUUUUUCUCCUUUGUAAAAUACUUUUUUCUUUUCUUUUUUUUUUUCUCUCUCUUUUUUUUUUUUCCUUUUUGCUGUUGUAAAUUGGUGAACAUUGUAUAGGAAGGAAUAACCAAGCUGAUUGCAAAAGGUGAUGUGAUUCAGGACCACAAAAGACCUUUGGACCAAAUAGAAGAUCGUAUCGGAAAAAAAAAAAGUUAAAGGAACAGCAGACCUCCCUGCCCCCUCCCGCUCUGGUGGGUUCCCCUGGCAGGGAGGCAGCUAAGCAGGGGCAGGACUGGAUGGAUAUUUUAAUUCCUUCCAGCCUAGGACCUACGGAAAGUGUAAAUGUAAAUCGCUGAGCAGGGGAUUGGAGCAGUUGGGGCCAGGCUCAGUUUUCCUCUUAGGGACCAAGUUCAAUCUGAUUGCCGCUGAAAACCAUUUGCAGCAAAGAGCAGCAGGAGGCUCGGUAGCAAUUGUUGGCCUGUGUGUGCAUGCGGAAGGCAGGCGUGGGACAGUCUUUAGGAUGGGUGAGAAAUGAAAAAGGCCCUUCUUUCACUCUGCAACUGGUGGCAUGGGAGAGGGGCUGGGUGUGCCAGCAAAGCCGUGAGAAGACUCAUUGUACUACUCGAAGGCAGCUGUGAUGACAUGGUUCUUGUUAGGAGCAGCACACAAACCGGAGUCCACACACUGCACCGGGGAGGCAGAAGGCAAUAGGUAUGGCCAGGCCAGAAUAGUUUAACCACAAGCAUAAGGAGAAGGGGGCAUAACCCCUCACAAUGAUACAUCCCUCCGUACAGUACUAGACAGCGAGGGAAGCACCUUGUGCUCUUCUCCAUGGAUGUCUUUAUUCUCCAGCCUACCAGGAUAAACACUUGCCUCUUACCACCUCCCCGUACUCUUCUUUCUCCCCUGUCAUCUGAUCCUUUGGGCUCCUAGGCCUUUUCCUUUGUAACUCCAUGUUUUAUAUGUUGGAAGUGAAAUCUCUCACGGCCCAGGUAUUGUUUUCCGCUGCCCAUCUACAGAAGCCAAAACUCAUCAUGAUGCACCUAUCUGGUGCUCAGAUAAAGUUGCUUAGGAAUGACAGGGUCCUUAUAAGCCAUGAACCAUGAGGGGCUUCUACAGUUUACCUCUAAGUUGUGGUAAGGACCCUCGUGCACCCGGAGGAAAUACUUCAGUAGGUCCCUAAUCGUUUUGACUUGUUCCAUCCUCGUACUCCUUUGAACGGCUUCCACCAAGAACACGCCUCCUUUGUACUGAUCAUCCCGGAAAGGAUAAGGAAAGCCGUCACAACAGCAACCCACCCUGUCGCUGCCAUUUAAAUGAUUCAGAGAUUUCGUGCCAGCCAGUAACCAGCUUAGAAGGUCCAAAGUUGGCAGCAGAUGCUGCGUGGGGUCACUCCUAUAGAAACCUCUGGUGUCUGCUACAGUCUUAGCUUUGGUGGGGCUGGGAAGGUGCCUGCCUCCCCGCUCCCAGAUCGCUAACGAGGAGGAUUUCUUUUAUGCCUCCUUCAGCUGCUUAAUCAUAGUUGGUCUGGUCGGAAGGGACCUGAGCAGAUCAUCAAGUCCGACCCCCUGCCGUGGGCAGGAAUGAAUGCUGGGAUCAUAUGACCCUAGCUAGGUGAUUAUCUAGCCCCCUUCUUCUUUCCUCCAUUCUCCUCAAACCAUCAGACCUGACUUGUGUUUCAUGUAGUCUCUUCUGAAAGGCUUCAGGCUCUCUCUGUUGCCUUGUUGUGGCUCACAGCUUACCAAGACCCACAAAGUUGCCAAUUGCCACGGACCACAUGAAGAAGAAGUUGUCAAGUCUUGGACAAAAGCAUCUGCUUGUUUCCUACGUUGCACCACGUUCUAUCAGACACCAACCGUGGCCUUCAUUCAGCCCACACCGACUAGUAUAAAAUGACGAGUCUCGUUCUGAAUUCCCAAAGGCAUCUCGAAAAGACCAGAGUGAUCGAACUCUCUGACACACGCACAUACACACCGCUGCUCCGGUCUCCAGGACGUUGGCAAGUGCAUCCUUACGCUGUUCUCCAGGGCUUAACCCUGAAAACCUGAAUCCCUCCUUUACGGGUCCAGCUGUGCAAGAGAUACAGCUGUGACUCCAGACUCUCCUCUCCGGCUGGGAAGAUGUCCCGAGACCACAAAACGUACGGGGGCCAGUACUAGACAUUGCAUUCCACAAUUUCAUUCCAAGGGCAACCUUACAGCACGCGGAGCUGGAGACAUAGAGGAGGGCAAGCACGGUGAUUUCCUAGAUGUUCUCGGAGAGCGGAGAUGUGACCGACAAGCUGCGUUGCCUGGUACCAGCACGAUGAGGAGUCAUGGGAUAGACUCAUAGAAAAGUAGGUCGGGGAGGGAUCUAGUCCAGCGGAGGCCACUGUAACAGCCCUGCCUUUCUUCCAGCCACAUCCACACUUGAGAACCCAGGACAUGCCUGGACACUCAAAAGGAAAGACAAAGUGCUUACACGACUGACAAACACCCAUGGCAGCAGGGACUGAAAUACCUGUUGCAAUUUGUUCCGGCACCUCAAGGUUACCUGGCCGUUUUGAACAGACAGGAGUAAAUCCGGCUUAAGCAACAGAAUACACCCUGUUCGGGAUGAUUUUACCGCACGUCUUAGUGUCAUUCAUUAACUGAAGGCCAAGUGAGAACAACCAGUUCUGUUUCCACCUAGAAAGCCACAGCCUGGUGCCUCCCAUGGCUAUUAGGAAACAGAAAACGUCAGUCCCAUGCACACCGAGAGGCCACACACAAUCCCAGGUGAUGCCCCAUGCCCUCAAACCAUUUUGGACCAAACUCGUUUCUCAAACCUGCGGCUUGAUCAAGCAGAAGAAAAGCAGCUUGCAACAGGGAAGACUCGACUGCUGCUGAUCUCGCCCUCUUUUCCCUGCUUAUUUUUUUUCAUAUUCUUGCAUGUGCAUAAAUACACACACACCCCGCUCCCAGUCUGCAAACCGGUCCUUAACGGUGCACAGCAGGUUUUAUCGGUGAGUAUGUUGUUCGUAGACAACUUUGGUUGAGCUGGGAGCCAGAGCACAGGACCCUAAGAUAUAAAGUCUUAAAAAAAAGAGGGAGUACAGUAGAAACCGAUUUGCCAAUUACCUUCACCAGAAAGUCCAUGAACCUCUGGGCCACGGCUGUAAAUAGAGUUCUUAGAGGAAUAAUGAAAAAAAUGCCCUAUACUAGCUAAGAUAGCUAUUCUCUGACCCUCUCCCUGAGGUCGCACUUAUGUACAUUAGUUGGGAAUUUGGUCAUGUGCUGUAUGUUUAUAGGAAGUUGACAUUUUUUUUUAUACUAAAAACACAGUGAGUGCCGUGCUAGUUAAAAAAAAAAAAAAAAAUGGGGCGAACUGUAGAAAUUUGCAUAUCGUGUGUUUUCAAAAUACAUUCCAGCAUCUUUGGGGUGGGAUGGGUUUUGUUUCGGGGUUUCUUGGGUUUGUUUUAUUGGAUUUGAUUUUUUUGGAAGAAAAAAAAAAAAAACCUACAAAAAACAAGGUACAUUCACGUAUGGAAGUCAAAGGAACUUUUUUUUUUUUUUCGUUUUGGUUUCUGGAUUGCCAACCUCAGUUCUACUGAAAAGAGACAAACUCGGGGGGCGGGGGGGAGCAAAAUGGAGGAAGAUGCCCUAAGGGAGAAGUGAGACAGAGCGUGGAACCGCAGCGCUUGGCAAUGGGCAGGUGUUGGACGGCAGGACCCUGGAGAACAUGUGGUUGGAUGCACGUGAUGCAGACUGAACGGGAACCGAGCACUCAUUCCAGUCCCGGGGACCUGGGGACACCUGGGGAUGCAGAAUAUCCCGCCCUAUCUUUAAAUAAAUUCAUGGACACACUCCACAGAUGUUCUCGCAGGUUGACGUUUUCCAUGCCUGUGAAUGAGAACUGACAUCCUUGGGGGGGAAGGAAAAAUAUAAGAAUAAUACUAAGGAAAAGACUUGCUCUAUCUCCCCACCCACCCGCCAGCGCCAUUCCAAGACCGCCCUGGACAUCCUCUCACCACGUCCUGUAGCUCAGCCGAUCGGCUCCUGCCGCUCAGAGACUUUGUGUAUUUAAUGCUUCUAACCCGUCAUCCCUAACACCUCCAUAUACCCACCUGGGGAAUAUCUACAUAGCACUAUAGAACAUUCCUUAUUCCUAGUAACUGCGGAUAUGUUGCUUCUGUGUUUGACUCAUAGCCAUUUUGCUCCAUGUGUAUGCCUGUGCGCGUGUAUGUGUGUGUGUGCGUGCGUGUGUGUGCGUGCGCAUGCGUGCGCGCGCGCGUGUGUGUGUAUAUAUAUAAUCACACCAUAAUUUAUUCAGCUAUAUGGAGUAGUAGAGUAGAAAGAGAAACUGGUAUUUGCUUUAACUACCUGCUGCCUGUAGGUGUCUCUCUGUAACUCAGGCAUAACUGUUAUACAUUAAAAGAAAAAGAAUUAAA